GUGGGAGCUCCAGUUCUUCGCCAGUGACCUCCAGUGGUGGGACGCCCUCUCCUCUCAACCCCCUGCUUUCUCCAUCGUGUUCACCUCCGACGUUUCACUUGUCAGCGAGCAACAUCGGUGUGUCGUGCCCGGAGACCUACCUACACAAUCUCAACGUGCCCCUCUACUACAAGAUUUGUCCUACGAGCUUCUUAAGACAGCAGUCUCUCAUCUUUCCAAGCCAUGAAAAACUGGGAGGCGCCAACCCGCAUCUUUUACCCCACCUCAUGGUGGAUAUGCCAAAACUAUCUUCCCUGGGCAUAGCCAACCUGAAAAAUGCUAAAGCUGAAGACUUGAACGGGCAAUGUCUACAAGUACCCAGCUCUGCUAGUCAAAUGCUGUAUGGAUUACAUGCAUCUGGAAACAUUUUCCCAUCAAGUCCCAUUGCUCGGGAAGCACUUAAUUGUUCUUUACAUCCUCCAUAUGGCUUGUACGGUUACAACUUCUCCGUGCCAUCCAGACUGAUGAAUGCAGCGAGCCAUUUCAAAGUGAGUGACAACAUUCCAGCUUCUCUGAGAGAUGGCAGAUGUAAUCACUCCAACUGGCACCCGACAAUUAACCAUUGCCUUUAG